AGAACCUUUUGCGAAUUCCUGGAUAAAUUAUUAGCUCCUUUGUCACUUUUGACGUGUCCUUGUGUCCUUUUAGCCAAAGAGAAUAAGCUGCUGUCCAAAGAUGGCUUCCUCAUGUACAUGCACCAUCCAGAGGCCUUGGUCCUCAACCCCGAUCACAGAGAGGUGUACCAGGACAUGGAUCAGCCCCUCAACCACUACUUCAUCUCCUCCUCCCACAACACCUACCUCAUGGAGGAUCAGCUCCAAGGGCCCAGCAGCACAGAGGCUUAUGUCAGGGCUCUGCUGAAGGGCUGCCGCUGUGUGGAGCUGGACUGCUGGGACGGGUCAGAAGGUGAGCCGGAGAUCUACCACGGCUACACACUCACUUCUAAGAUCCUCUUCAAAGAUGCCAUCAAAGCCAUCAAGGAGUAUGCCUUUAAGACGUCCGAUUACCCGGUUAUCCUCUCCUUGGAGAACCACUGCAGCGUGGAGCAGCAGGAAGUCAUGGCCCACCACAUGAGCUCCAUCCUGGGCAGUGACCUCGUCACCUCCCCCCUGGGGGAUGGCAUGCCCAAAUGCUUUCCAUCUCCAGAGGAGCUGAAAGGAAAGUUCCUGAUCAAAGGAAAGAGGUUAAACAAACUGGAGGCCACUUUUGCUCCUGAUAACACUGAAGAUGAAGAAGAGGACGUGACGGAGGAGGAAGAGUCAGACGACGAAGAUCAGGAGCAAGAGAAAAAGAAGGAGAAAAAGAAGCUGAAGCUGGCGAAGGCGCUGUCCGACAUGGUGGUCUACUGUAAGAGCGUCCACUUCCACGGCUUCGAGGACGCCAGACAACACCUGAGCUUCUACGAGAUGUCGUCCUUCAAGGAGAACAAGGCCUUAGAGCUGGCAGCGGAGUCGGCUAAUGCCUACAUCCAUCACAACGUGGAGAAGCUGAGUCGCAUAUAUCCAGCCGGCUCCAGGACCAACUCCUCCAACUAUAGCCCCGUGCCUCUGUGGAGCGCCGGCUGCCAAGUCGUGGCUCUUAACUUCCAGACAACCUGCACAGACAUGGACGUAAACCAGGGCAGAUUCCUUAUUAACGGAAAGAGCGGCUACGUCCUGAAACCGGCCUACAUGAGGGACCCAGCCUCAGAGUUUGACCCCGUCACACUGACCCGAGGAGACUGGCUGCAGCACAAGACACUCCACAUCAUGGUUAUUUCAGGCCAGCAGCUCCCCAAACUGAGCAAGAAGAAAUCCUCCAUCGUGGACCCGCUGGUGAGGGUGGAGGUGUACGGAGUGCCGGAUGAUAAUGCAGAGGCAAAGACCAGUGCUAUCGAUAACAAUGGUUUUAACCCAGAAUGGAAUGAGAACAUGGAGUUUAACGUGCACGUGCCUGAGCUGGCCCUGGUGCGCUUCACCGUCGAAGACCACGACUCGGCGACUUCUAAUGAGUUUGUGGGGCAGUACACGCUCCCAUUCAACAGCUUAAGAAUGGGAUACAGACAUGUGCCGCUGCUCAAUAAGAACGGAGACGUCCUCCCCUCAGCUGGACUCUUUGUAUACAUCAUGGUGACGGAUGCCAACUGAGAACGUCACCGCCAAAGACCUGCAUCACACAGCCAAGUUCCAGCUGCUUUUAAAUGUAUUUGUAUGCUCCUUAGUUUUAGUUUAUGCUUAACUUAUUGGCUUGAUUCCAGUCGUUUUAACUCCAAACAACAAAUCAGUCUACAAAACAAGGGACACAAACUUCAUCUGCAAUCGGACAUCAGUUGGAUUGGUAAGGUGCACAAAAGACUCCCAUUACUACGGAAGAGGAUAAGGGCCACAUGUGAAACCUUUUUGGAGAUCUUACCAAAAGUGAAUUUGUUUUUGAAAUCUGAGAUCAAAGUCAGAAUUCUGAGAAAAAAGUCUGAAUAAUAAAUUCUCACAAUUCUGACGUUGAAGGUGGGGUAGGUAAUUUCAGAGAAACCAGCUCGAGUGCGCUAGAAUUCGAAAAUACACAGACCUUUUUAGAACUAAAACAAAAUUCAAUUUCCGUCAGAUCCCAACAUGUUCUAUUACAUUUGGCCCUUAUCCUCUUGCGUACAUUACAAAGACUGUUUUCCAAAUGUUUGUUUUGUAUGAGUUGCACUAGUGUUUUAAUAAUUCAGUUUGCGAUGCCAUUGGAUCUUCAUUUUUAAAAUGCGGCUUGUGUCCCUAAUUUUUGGGUCAGUUUUGUCUAUUCAAAUAUUUGUAUUGAAAAUGACCAAUUUAUGAAUUCUGGAGAAACACUAGCCAAUGUUAAAAAACGAUGUGCUUUGUAUCCAUCAGUAAUUUUAGUCAUAGAAAGAGUUUAUUUUAUGUGAAAUCAUCACAACUUCUUCUUUUUGUAAAUCAAGAUGAAGAUAAAAGUUUAAAACUUGA